GAGUGAGGCAGCGCGGCUCGCGCUAGUUCCGGUUCGCUGGGCGAUCGUUGUGUUUUGAAUUGCUGCAUCGGGCUCGGGGGCUGGGCGCUCGUGCUGAGAAGAGGCAGCGGCUCCGGUGGGCCGAGAAUGGUGAUCGGGAGACGAUGGUGUUCGAGUCUUUAGUGGUCGAGGUGUUGAACCGUUUCUUGGGAGAUUACGUGGUGAACUUGGACACCUCGCAAUUGCAAUUAGGAAUUUGGGGAGGAGAUGUGGUACUCAAUAAUCUAGAAGUAAAAGAAAAUGCACUGAGUGAGCUGAAUGUUCCAUUCAAAGUUAAGGCUGGUCAUAUUGCUAAACUUGAACUGAAGAUACCAUGGCAGAAUCUUUACGGUCAAGCAGUGGAAGCUACAUUGGAUGGAAUCUAUUUGCUCGUUGUUCCAUGUGCCAGUAUCCAAUACGAUGCUGAAAAAGAGGAAUUGCAGCUUCAAGAACUGAAGCAGAGAGAAUUGCAAAGAAUUGAAGAAGCUAAGCAAAAAGUUGCUGACAAAGAAAAUCCAAAAGAAGAAAAGCAAGACACUUUCGUUGAAAAAAUAAUUACUCAGGUUAUUAAGAAUUUGCAGGUCAAAAUUACCAAUAUCCAUAUCCGUUAUGAAGAUGAUAUCACAAACCAAGACUCCCCAUUGUCAUUCGGAAUUUCACUUCAGAAUUUAAGUCUUGAGACUACAGACGAGAGAUGGAAUCCAUGCUUGCAUGAUCAAUGUGAACAUGUCUUCAAUAAGCUUGUUCGGUUAGACUACCUCUGUGUGUAUUGGAACGUCAACACGAAAAUGUAUUCUAAAAGCAGUCAGGCUGAAGCUUUGAAAGACUUGAAAGAUGGAGUUUCAACAAGCAACUUUAUUCCAGAGACUUAUCAGUUCAUUUUUCAGCCACUAUCUGCCAAAGCUAAACUUGAAAUGAAUCCACGAGCAGAAGUUGACUUUGCUUCACCAAAAAUGAACUUGGAAGUAAAUCUACAAGACAUAGCCAUUGAACUGAAAAGACCUCAGUACCUCAGCAUCAUGGAGCUACUUGGAUCCAUUGAUAUGAUGUCACGAAAUCUGCCAUAUAGGAAAUAUAAACCAAAUGUCCCCUGUAGCAACAAUGCUAAAAAAUGGUGGGCAUAUGCUAUAAAUGGCAUUUUGGAAGAGAAUAUAAAGCCUGCGCUUAAUGCGUGGUCAUGGAAGCACAUUCAAAAGCACAGGCAAAAAAUAAAGAAUUACAGGAACAUCUAUAAAUCAAGAAUCAAAACCAAGAAACCAGAUGAAGAACUUAUCAGCACACUUAAGGAACUUGAAAAGGAGCUUGAUUUAUUCAAUAUUACGCUCGCACGACAACAAGCGGAAGUGGAGGUUAUGAAAUCAGGGCAUAGGAUUUACAGACCAGGUGCAAAGAUUGAAGAAGAAAACUCUGGAGGAUGGUUUGAUUGGGCUUGGAGUUGGACAGGAGCAAAAGAAGAGAGACCGCGAGACUCGAAAUCUGGAAUUGAUUUAUUGAUGACGCCUGAAGAGAAAGCUAAACUCUAUACAGCAAUUGGAUAUAGUGAAACUGCGGUGGACCCAACAAUGCCUAAAAGAUAUGAAGCAGUGAAAAUUUCUGUGAAGCUGGUUAGCAUGUCCAUUUCCAUUAGAGAAGAAAGUGACAAGCCAGAGAUUAUGAAAUUUGCUGUGAUUGACUUGAGCACCAUGCUGACUCAGAGACCAGGAGCACAAGCAAUAAAAUUUGAAGUGAUGAUAAGUACACUUGAAGUGACAGGACUACCUCAGAAAAUAGGCAAGCCAGCGCUGCUUUCUUCAAGAAGUGUUAUGACUGAGAAUGAAGAUAUUCUGCUCAGAAUCAUGUUUGAAACCAAUCCUUUGGACGAAAGAGCUGAUCAGCGGCUGAAGGUGGACUCGCGCCCACUAGAAAUUGUGUAUGAUGCGAUUACUGUGAAUGGAUUAGUCGACUUCUUUCGACCUCCAACAGAUGUUCACCUGGAGGAACUGACGUCAGCUACCUUGAUGAAGCUUGAGGAAUUCCGUGACAAAACCGCAACUGGCUUGAUGUAUGUUAUUGAGACACAGAAAGUCCUGGACUUAAAAGUGAAUCUCAUGGCUUCUUACAUCAUUAUUCCACAGAAUGGUUUUUUUGAUAAAUCUGCCAACUUAUUGGUUCUCGAUCUUGGUAAUUUAAGGAUGAACAGUAAAAGCCGUGCACAUCUGCCACAAAUUACUGCUGGUGAAAGCACUUUGGAAGAUAUCAUGGCCCGAGCCUAUGACUGCUUUGAUAUACAACUGAGUAGUGUCCAACUACUUUAUGCUAAACCACAUGAGGAUUGGCAAGCAGCUCGCAGAACAAAGCAAUCAUCUCAGCACAUCUUGCAACCCAUGGAAUUAAAGAUCGAGUUAUCCAGAGCAAUGGUUGUCUCUGAUCCAAGAAUGCCCAAAUUUAAAGUUCAUGGUGGACUUGCUUUACUUUCAAUUUGCAUCUCGGACCAGAAACUUAGAGGAGCUUUAGAAUUAAUUGAUAGUAUUCCUAAACCAAAACGUAAUUCACCGCCACCAUCUUUAAAAUCUCUUCAGCCACAGAAAUUAUCACCUAACAUGACUCCACGAUCUAUGCAAAAAAGAGCAGUACACAAGGACCUGUACUCUUCUGUUCUGAGUAUGGCAGAUUCAGAUGAUGAAUUCUAUGAUGCUCCAAGCUCACCUGUGGAUGAACCAGUAUUUCUGCUAGCCAAAGAUAAUUCAUUACAAAGAACAGAAAGUGUACGCCAGAAACAGUUGAGGAAACAAGAAACUAUGAAAAAUAUGACUGACUUCCAAAUGCAAUUUGAAAUAACAAAGAUGUCACUGGGAAUCUAUCGCCACGUAGAGGAUACUGAAAGGCCCGUAUUAGAACUGGAAAUAUUAGGACUUGGUACAGAGCUAAAACUCCGAACACAUGAUAUGACUUCACUCACAUUUCUGAAAGAAGUCAGCUUAAAAUGCCCAGAGCAUACAGAUGCUGACAAUAAACCUGUUUAUAUUGUCACCACACUGGACAAUUCUGAAGAUGACCUCCUUACAAUUGAAUAUAGUAAGGCUAAACGAGAUGGACCAGAAUUCAAAACCACCUACAGCAACAUAGAGCAACUCAUAAAGGUGAACUUUUCAUCAUUGGAUGUUCAUUUACACACUGAAGCUCUGCUGAGUUCCAUUCAUUUCCUGAAGAGCCUUAUCCCAUAUUCAGAAACCAAGGUCAGCUCAGAUGAACAAGUAUCUGGUAUUGAGGGGAAGAAAGAAGAGAUCCUCACAAAGGAAAAAACAGCUUCAAAAAGAUCGAAGUUAGAAGAUGUGAUCAAGCUUCAUAUACUUGCAGAGCUGGCACUUCUGAAAAUUUUCAUCUGUGAUCAGACCAAAAGAAUCGCAGAAGUAAGCAUUGAAGGUCUUGAUGUUGAGGUGAUUUUGAAGAAGACUUUAUCAGAAGUGACAGCAAAGCUGAAGAAUAUUGUAGUUUUGGAUUCCAGUGAAGAUGCAGUAUUCAAGAAGGCUGUAUCCAUUGCUGGAAAAGAGGUCUUCAGCUUUAAAAUGAUCUCUCAUGUGGAAGCUACAGAAGGUGCUGCCUAUACUGAAAUGGAUGUUGUUGAUAGUGAUAUUAAAUUGACAGUUGGCUGUAUCCAGGUCAUCUUUGUAAAGAAGUUUGUGUCUUCAUUAUUGGCUUUUUUAAAUAUUUUCCAAGCUGCCAGAGAGGCUGUCACAGAAGCAACUGUUCAAGCAGCAUCUGGGGUGAAGGAUCUUGCAGAACGGAGCACCAGAAUGGCACUUAACAUUCACAUUAAUGCACCUGUUGUUGUUGUGCCUCAAUCUUCUGUGUCAAAGAAUGUUGUUGUUGCAGAUUUUGGUGUUAUCGUUGUUCAGAACAAUUUCUCGAUGAUUAAACAAAAAGAUUCCAAUAAUGUACCACCUAUAAUUGACUCCAUGAAUGUUUCGUUACGUGAGCUUAAGCUGUACAGGACAAUAUUUGAGGAUGAAGUUUUUCGCUCUGAAAUCUCAUUGCUUCAGCCUGUUAAUCUGGAAGUUGUUGUUGAACGUAAUUUGGCUGCUGCUUGGUACCAUGAAGUUCCUGAUGUUAAAAUUCUUGGAACCCUGAAACCUCUGCAUGUUGUGCUCAGCCAAGAUGAUCUGAUCAUUAUAUUGAAAACUCUAAAUGAAAAUUUGGGUGAUAAUUCAGUUGAGGUGACACCUGUACAGCCUGAAGAGGAGGGGAAAAGUUCAGGCCCUUCACAAAUUUCUGCAGGAAGAACUGUGGUAACAGCUGCUGUUGUAGAAACACACAAACCUCUAAGAGUCAAAACGACACUGAAGUUGGAUUUUAAAUUAGACGAACUUUCAUUAAAACUCUACAGUCAGUCCUUAAACCCGAUGAACAUUGCUGCAGAACAGAGAUCUGAACAGGACGAACUAGCAGAAUUCAAAUUACACAGGCUUUCCAGUUUUAUCACAAUGCUUUCUGAUGGAUCCAUGAAUGUUACUGUGAAACUUCUUAAUUGUAUGCUGGAUGAUAAACGGAAGGCGAUAGAGAAAGCCACAUCAAGAAUGGUGGAAAUGAAGCUAGGUGUUGAAAAGAAUGAGAUGAUUGACUUCAGCUACAAACAAGGAAGAGAAGGCAUGCUUCUAGAUGCAACUGUACGUGAUAUCUAUGUUUGUGCAAGUAUGGAAUUUCUACUCACAGUGGCUGACUUUUUUGUCAAGGCAAAUGACCAAGUCUCUACAGUUCAGAUGAAUAAACCAACCGUAACACCAUCAAAAGAAAAAGUGCCAUCACAAGCUGCAUCUAAAAUGGAACUUAGUGUUCACAUUCAGAAUCCAGAGAUUGUCUUUGUGGCAGAUUUGACAAGAGCAGAUGCUCCAUCACUAGUGGUGACUGCACAGUGUGAGGCUGACAUUACUAAUGAUCCAGAAGUUAAACAGAUAACUGCAACUGUUAAAGAUCUCAAAGUUAUAGCCUGCCCAUUCCUGAAAGAAAAGAGAAAAAAUCAAGUUACCACGGUCUUACAGCCUUGCAGUUUGUUUUUCCGAAGUGUGCAAGCUGCUUGUCAUCCCAGUUUCUUGGAAUUGGCAGUAAAAUCGCUAAUGCUGAAAGUAUCUCCUGUUAUUAUUAACACGGUGAUUACAAUUACGUCUGCCUUAACUCCUGCUGUCGAAAGUCCACAUGAAAAGGACAGUGAAAUCCCGCCUGACUUGUGGAAUAAGAAGGAUGUGAAAGAUUUAAAACUCUGGUUUUUGGAGAAUACUAAAAAUAAUGAAAGUAAGGAUGGACCAAUAGUACAAUUACCAUCUCCAGGAGAGAAUCUAAAAAUGACAUUGGAAUUUAUUUGUUUGACGCUUGAAGCGGGUGUUGGACACAGAACCGUUCCAAUGCUUUUGGCAAAGUCAACUUUUAAAGGAGAUGUGAAAAAUUGGAGCACACUCAUUAAUCUGCAAUGUCACCUUAAUUUAGAGGUACAUUACUAUAAUGAAGUGCUUGCUGUAUGGGAACCACUACUAGAACCAUUAGAAAUUGAGAACAGUGAAGACUUUAGACCUUGGGAACUUGGGAUCAAGAUGAAGAAGAAGGCUGUCAAAACAAUGACAAAAACAGAAAAUGAAGAGGAAAAUGUCCAUUCCCUUGCAUAUAAAACAGUUAUUCAGAUCUUUUCAAAAGACCAACUUAACAUUACAAUGUCAAAAUGUGGUUUGACCAUGAUUAACAAUUUAGCAACGGCAUUUUCUGAAGCUGCUGGUCAAACCAGUGACAUCUUUCAGAAAGACCAAGCGCCUUUUACAGUAAAGAAUUGCCUAGGACUUAGUGCUACAAUUUAUCCCAGUGAUUCAUUUAUUGUAAUUGGUAAAGAUCAGCAAAAAACAUCUUAUGAACUGAACGAUGGAGAGUUUCUCAGUAUGGAUUACCAACGUACAAAGAAUGAAAAGGAGCAACUGUUAAACCUGACUAAUGCGAGCAGCAAAUUGUUUUAUAUUUCACUGAUUCCUCAAGGCCACACUUCUACAGACAAAAUUCCACUAACUAGAUUAGGCCGUCGUCUGUACAAUGUUAUACAUGAGGAAUCAACUGUUGAACGAUCCAUUGUAUGUCAGAUUGAUGCAAUCCAAGGAAGCAAAAGAAUAACAAUCCGUUCUCCUGUUCAGAUAAAGAAUCACUUUUCAGUACCUUUCAAUGUAUUUGAAGAUGUGGGAUCUGAUUUGAAGACCCUUGGUACAAUUCAGCCAAAAGCAGAGUUCAGUGUCCCUCUGUUUUCUUACAGAUCAGAUCUUCGUUUGCAGCUGAUAAUGAAAGACAAGAAACUGUAUGAUCCCUGUGAAGCAAUCACAUUUGGUCAUGUAAGCACAAGUACUGAAAUAGUAUUUCAUCGCAAAUGCCAGUCUUCUGGAGGUGAUGAAGAUGAUUCGCUAAUGAUCAAUAUAAUUGCAAUGCAAGACACGCUGGCAUCUGACAAUCCUGAUGAAAAUAAUAAUGCUUACAUUCUCCAUUUAUGGCCUAGUGCAAUUCUUCAAAACCUUUUGCCUUGUACAGUCAGUGUUUCCUUAAUAGAGGGAAGUUUAAACCAGAGGCUGACUCUAAAUGAAGGAUAUUCUGCCCAGCUUCACGAUGCUGUACUGGACAAAUCCAAACUCUCAUUGACUAUUAUUGACUACUUAGAACAUAACUGGGCAGGAGAAUACGACAUCAAAAGCAAUCAAACAGAUAUUGAAUUAAUCAAAUUUAAAUCAUAUAUUGAUGGUGAAGAGAGUGAAAUGGAUAUUGCAAUCCUUACAACAUACAAUGUUGGGCAUGUGAUGCUAGCAUUGUAUAGCCCCUAUUGGAUGAUAAAUAAAACUGGGCGAAUGCUUCAGUAUAAAGCUGAUGAUGUUCACCGCAAACAUCCUUUGGACUACAAAAAGCCACUGCUUUUUUCUUUUGGAUCUAAAUGCUUUUUUGAAAAGAAUAAGGUUCAGCUUAGGAUAACUGACAGCCAAUUGUCAGAUUCAUUUUCUUUGGACACCGUGGGCAGUUAUGGCUCAGUUAAAUGCAAAGGACCAAAAAAGGAGUAUCAGGUUGGUGUGAGAAUUGACAACAGCAGCUUUAAUCUAACGAGAAUCGUUACCUUUACACCAUUUCACAUGAUCAUCAAUCAGACAAAGCACAGAAUAGAGGUAGCUGAAGAAUGUGAGUCAAAGUGGUUGGGAAUUGAUUCAAAUCAGUGCAUUCCAUUUUGGCCUGCCAGAGAUUCUGAGAGAUUAGUAGUUCGAAUUGUCGGAUGCAGUGCAGCACCACAUAAGGUUUACUUCAACAAACAAGAAAAUUGUCUUUUACUUCAUCUGAACAAUAAGUUUGGAGGUAUCAUAGUGGAAGUACACUUGGCAGAACAUUCUACAGUGAUGACUUUUAAGGAUUAUCAUGAAGGGGCUGCUCCAUUCCUCAUUAUUAACCACACAAACGCAAGCACGAUUGAAUAUUAUCAGAGCAGCUCAACUGGAAAGGCGCAUAAACUGGAGCCAGGGAAAGCAACUUACUAUACCUGGGAAGACCCAACAGGAUCAAGAGUGCUGAGCUGGAGUUGUUUAUGUGAAGCUGCAGCGGGAGAACUGAGUACAAUAGAGGAUAAAUGCUCAAAGCUUUCUGAGAAGAUGUAUUUUGCAUCCUUGUUUGAGGGUCUGCAAAGAAUCGUUCUGUUCACAGAUGACAAAGAAACAUACAAACUUGCUCAAGAAAGUGAGAAUGCAGAGUUAGCAGAACAGGAGAUUAUUCUGUCAUUGCAGAACCUAGGAAUUUCACUGAUUAAUAAUUCCACAAAGCAAGAAGUGGUCUACAUUGGUAUAACAAGUUCUGAUGUUGUUUGGGAAAUUAAACCCAAAGUCAAACCGCGGUGGAAACCAAUGAGUAGGAAGCAAACAGCUCAGCUGGAGGAAGUUUAUAAAGACUACAUUGAGACUUCGCCCCAAGAGAACCAGAUUGCUGAACUUUCAUGUGAUUUUCAGAAGGUUCUUCUGACCCCUAAUGGUGUGGACAUGAAACUUCUACAACCUUGUGAAGUACCAAUAAGGAGAAAUUAUCUUCCUGCUAUAAAAGUAGAGUAUACCGUCUCAACUCAUCAGAAAUCUCUCAGACUCCAGAUUUACAAGAUCCAGAUUCAAAAUCAACUUUCUGGAGCUAUCUUUCCUUUUCCAUUUUAUCCAAUUAUUCCCCCUAAAUCUAUCACCAUGGAUUCAGCACCAAAACCAUUUGCUGAUGUCAGUAUUGUCACAAGGUUUGCAGGACAGUCUGAAAUAUGUCGUUUCAGGUAUUUUAAGGUUCUAAUUCAAGAAAUGGAUCUGAAGCUGGAUCUUGGUUUUCUUUAUGCUGUGAUGGACCUAUUCACCCAAUCAACAGAUGCAGAUGCAGAGCAAAAGCUGGAAUCAUUCAAGGACGACCUUGAGUAUAUUCAAAAAGAGCUGUUGACUGAAUCUGCCACAGACACCUCACCUGUCAGUCUAUAUGAGUACUUCCAUAUUUCUCCUAUCAAACUGCAUUUGAGCUUCUCUAUCAGUUCUGGAGGAGAAGAAAGUAGCAAACAGCAAGAAACCGAAGUGAUCCCACUGCAGUCUCUGAACCUUUUGCUAAAAAGCAUUGGAGCAACGCUCACUGAUGUACAAGAUGUUGUCUUCAAGCUUGCAUUUUUUGAAAUCAAGUAUCAGUUUUAUACUACACAACAACUGCAGUGGGAGGUAAUCCGCCAUUAUUCUAAGCAGGCAAUCAAACAAUUGUAUGUGCUUGUUCUUGGACUAGAUGUCCUAGGCAACCCUUUUGGCUUAAUCAGAGAUUUAUCAGAAGGAGUGGAAGCAUUUUUCUACGAACCUUAUCAGGGAGCAAUUCAGGGACCUGAGGAGUUCAUGGAAGGAAUGGCCUUGGGUGUAAAGGCAUUAGUGGGAGGUGCUGUAGGUGGUAUUGCCGGCGCUGCUUCUAGAAUAACCGGUGCAAUGGCAAAAGGUGUAGCCGCUAUAACGAUGGAUGAAGAGUACCAGCAGAGACGUAGGGAAGCCAUGAACAAACAACCAAGUGGGAUUAAGGAAGGCAUUGCACGUGGAGGAAAAGGCUUAGUGUCGGGUUUUGUGAGUGGAAUCACAGGAAUAGUGACAAAGCCUAUUAAAGGUGCACAGAAGGAAGGUGCAGCUGGUUUCUUUAAAGGCAUUGGCAAAGGCUUGGUUGGAGCUGUGGCACGACCGACUGGAGGCAUCAUAGACCUAGCCAGCAGCACUUUUCAAGGGAUAAAAAGAGCUACAGAAACAUCAGAAGAUGUUGUGAGCCUUCGCCCACCUCGAUUUAUUCACGAAGAUGGAGUAAUUAGACCAUAUAGGUUGAGAGAGGGGAUUGGCAUGCAGAUGUUACAGAAAAUUGAAAAUGGAAGAUAUGCCAAAUACAAGUACUUUGGCCAUAAAAUGAUUAAUGACUCAGACUUGUUUAUGAUUACAAAAAGUGGUAUCUUAUUUGUAACACAAGGAACAUUUGGGCAGUUGAACUGUGAAUGGCAGUACAGCUUCGAGGAAUUUACUAAAGAGCCUUUCAUUGUUGAUGGACGGAGGUUACGUAUUGAAGCCAAAGAACGUGUCAAGUCUGUAUUCCAUACAAAAGAAUAUGGAAAAAUUGUGAAUUUCAAAACUGCAGACGAUGCAAAGUGGAUUCUGGCAAAACUGCAAGAAGUACAGGAAAAAGGAGUACAUGAUCACCAUCCAAAGAUAUGAAUGAUAAAAGUGUUACGAAUUUCAUAAAACCAUCACGUGUUGUACACAGAAGUAUGGGGAUUCCAAGUCAGUUUUGAUUGAUAAUCAUGACUAUUUGAAUGACUUAUUCUAAUUCAGUGAAUUCCAAUAGAAAUUUAAAAUUGCAUCUCAACCAUAUAACUACUAUUGUAAUUGUUUUUGAUCUUCAAUGGUUAUGAGUCAUCAGUUCUGAAUUUUUAGCAGAUGUUAGACUGCAGUGUAAAAUGGAAACUUCACUUGUAUUGAAUACCUUUAGUAGGCAUAAUAGUGUUUAAUUCACAUAGUUAAAUGGCUUUCUCAAAGGAAAGCAACAUGCUACCAAGUGCCACACAACUACUGUCAACAACACAUAUGUGCCAACAACUUUCUCCACUGCAGUGCUCAAGUAUGUUCAAUGACUCACUUUUGUCACUAGGUCAACUUGAAAUAUCCAGAUGUUUAACACUUAUUUCAAAGUUGGCUUUUUUGUAACUUUUUAAAGAAAAUUAUGUAUUAGUGUAGUUCAACAUUAGGAAGAUCUUUCCUUUGUGGGUUUUUUUUUGUUUAAUGCAUUUUGAGAUUGGAACUAAUGAGAGUCAGCUUAGCUGUUAAUCAAAUACAGAAGACCCUCUAUGGAAUGUAGAUAAAGCGCAAAAGAUCUCCUCUAAUUAUAUCCCAUCAUUUAGAAGAUUCAAAUUCUAGUUAUGCAUUGUAAGUGUGCAUAUAUAUUUACAAAUGCAUACAUGUAAAUAAUUAAUCAUUCUCAUCAUUGAAGUGUUAGCUUAUAUACUAAGAUGGUUAAUAGGAUGUGUGAAAUAUUGACUGCAUUCAAACCACUUUCUUGCAAACUUAAUGCACUGAAAUUGAAACAAUUAUAGGGUCCUAAAUGAUCCAGGCAAACUUUUAUUCCUUGCUUAAUGUAUUUUAUAUAAUAGAAUUCUAAUGUAUUCAAAGAUUCUAUGGUUUUAAUCAUGGAGAUUUGAACACUGGGCUUAAUUUUUUUAUAUUAAAGUUUGAAAUGAACUGGAUAUUUCAAACUCUGCAUGCUCCAGGUCACAUGCAGUUGCCACUCGUUCAAUAUCAGUCUAGUUCCUGAAGUAUAUGUGUUGCUGAAUCCAUUCACAAAUGUUUUCUGUUAAGAAAAUUUUAUGUAUACCAUUCAAGAAUAUUAUGCAUUAGUGUGAAUGCAACCCUUAUUGACCAUAGCGAAUCUUUGCUUUAUAACUGAUCACGCUCAUGGCUAAUUGGUUUUAAGUUCCUGCCUUUGAUAAUAUGUUGAUAUGCAAUUUUCUAUAAAAAACUUUCCAUUGCACUGUAUAGUCUGAAAAUUUUACCUUAUGUUUGCUAACAAGAAAUUAUAUUGUGCUUUUUCAUUAAGAUAUGUUGUAGGUAAUUACUGCAUAAGAUUUAACAACUGUCAUUUUACUCCCAAAGGAAUAGCUGACCAUGAAAAAUUGUAACAUUCAAGGGGGGUACAGGGCACAUUUUUUACAGGCUAAAACAAUUCUAAGAACAACAGUUGUGUUCUCAAAUUUAUUAUAUCAAGUAGUUGUUGACAUAGAGCUGAUUUCUUUUUCAAUAAAUCCUUCAGCAGUAAAUAAGCACUAAAAUAGUAAAAGCAUAAAUAUAGGCAGUAUCAUUUUAAAUUGCACAACUCUGCCCCUCCAUGAAUUUCACAUGGUUGAGUUUUUUUUAAAAUGAGAUUAUUGACUACCAUCCAUGCUUUUGAGUAAAAUUCAAAUAACUUGUAGAUCAAUUUGAAUAUAAACCCAGUGUCAGAAUUAAAUGCAUCACAUAGUGCUUGUUUGAUAAUACUGACAUACGAGUUAAACUGGCUAGCUUUAUUAUCAACAGAUUCCAAAAAAAAAACAUUAUUUAUAUUAAUAGAUGUUGGAAACAAAUACCAAGUUUAGGAUCUAGUCUAUAAAACUGCAAAUAGCCAGUUCCAAACAAAUGUUUUGAGAAAUGUACACACUUGUGAAUAAACAUUUUAAAAAUCAGCAGGCCUAAUCACGGACAAAGGUUACCUUCACAAGGCUUCUGAUUGAUUGCUAAUGAUGAAACAGUGGCUACGUUUAAAUUAAUAGAAUUUAAAAAGCUACUUAAAAUUAUGUGGAAUGCUGGAGGGCACUUAUGUACAAUGGCACCAAAUCGAAGUCGUGGAGCAUGGGAACAUGCCUGCAGUUCUCAACAUAACCCAGAUUUUGAGGUUGAUGGCAAAGGAAGGUACUGACUGCUAACUUCAAAAAGUUGCCACAAAUAUUAGUGCUUAAAUUUCCUCUAUUCUGAAGAAUUUGGCACCAUUUACAGGAAAUCUGGGGGGGCGGGGGGGGUGUCCAGCUAUAGAGAAGGCAGGGUAAUCAGGUAUUUGAAGACUUCUUAGACAGCAAAAUAGGAAGUUAAAAAGCAUGGAAAAUAAUUAACAUUUGUACAAAAAAGUAGUAAAAUAAAAAUUAAGGCAUACACACUGACUAGGAGAGAAUAUGAAAUAUCAAAAAAUUUAAAUUUUAAAAAUCAUGAAAUUGAGGGAAAAAAAAUUCCAGAUUUUUAUUAGCACCAGUAAUUAGGAGCCAGUGCACCAUUAAAAACUGUUACUUCUGAUUGAACAAGGCUUAAAGUCAUCAUUACUCAUUGUACAAAGUUAAAGUUCAGUGAAUCUCUGUUGAUUGCAUCUUCAAAAAUUGCAAUAGUGAACCAUGUAGAGGAGCAGAUCAUCACCAAAAGCAAUUCCCAAUUUGCAUGUUUAUGUGCAGAUGCCAGAAGUUGGAGUCAGUUUCACACAAUAAUGAUGUUGAACACUGACAGUUUCACUGUCAUUACAACUACAAAUUUGUGAUAUUGAGCACACUAGUUCAGAAAAGUGACAUGUCAUGAGGUGGAUACAUGCACCUUCUACUGGCAAUUCAACAAAGAUGAAAAUCCAGAGAACAUAUUUAUGGAUACUUGAGGAAAAUGGGUGAGGGAAUAAAAAAUCGUUUAAACAACUUCCGAAGCAGAAAUCCAACUAACUGGAUUCUCUGAUCCUCGUGCUUAUUAAAAACACUCUAAUCUUGUUAUUCAUUAAUCAGACACCACAAUAAAUUGCAGACCAUAAUUAAUAAUAUGCAAGUAAUGGCCUUGCAAAUAUAAUGCAGCAAUCCACAUAGUUUUUCUAUAACUGGCACAUUUGCUUCAGCAUAGUUUAAAACAACCCACAGCUACAGUUGAUAAAAUUAGAAAAUGCCAAAAUUACACAAGUCAUAAUCAUUUGAAAUGAGAAAAGUUAGGCAAGUUUUUUUUUAUUGUGUAGAUCAUUGGUUAGAGCUGAUGCAGAGAAGAUUUUAUAUACAUCUUAACUCUUCAGUUGCUGUUGGAUUUUUAUAUAUUUUUACAUGGUUUAUUUUAUAUUUAUUUUUAGCUAGUCAACGAUGACUAAUUGAAAAUGCAUUUACAAGUGAAAAAUUCCCCCAAUGUAUAAGUUUGGACUGUAGCUUGUUGGAGGCCAAGAAUAGUUGUGUAACAAUUUAGCCAAUGUCUGCCCUUGUGAAUUCUGUGCCUAGGAAGAGGAAUAAAACUCUGUCACUAUUAUGCUUGUGUUGUCCAAUCUGAAGGAUAAAUAUCAACCUUCCCUCUACUCACCCUGACAUUUUAACAAUUAGAUAAACUUAAGUCAUUUACAUCAUGAAGUAAUUGGAAAUUGUAACUAGACAUGGACAAAGUACUUCUAUAGAGACUAACCUUACAGACUGAUUACUGUUGUACUAACAUUUGUUACAGGGAUACAUCAUUUCUAAGAACUGAAUUGAAAAAUUGUGAAUUAAUAGUGCUUUAUUAUUUUUCAAGAGCUGCCUCUUUUGUUUUAACAUUGCUCUAUGCUUCUUUUGUUUUGUACCUGGUGCCUCUGGUAUAGUUGAAUUUUUAAAUGUAAAACAAAUGCAAAUUGUUAAAUAAAAGUAUACUGCCA